GGUACACCGGAAUUGUCAUCACGCCGCUUGUUCUCGGCCAUUUUUACAAGUGCAAGCUCAGAAACACAAAACACACCAUAACACAUUUAUUUAUUAUAGGUAUUUUUGGACUUUAUCACCACAUUAAGACGUGAUCAGCAGCCAUGUCGGACUUUAUCGAGAGCGAGGCCGAGGAAUCAGAGGAGGAGUUUGAGGAGAAGGAUCUUAAGCCUAAGAAGACUCAGAGAUUUUUGGAAGAAGAUGAUGAAGAAGAAGAAGUUGUCAACCCAGAAGAACAAGAUGAACAUGGAAAUUUGCGUGGUUUAAUUGAUGAUGGAGAUGAGGAUGGAGAAGAGGAUGAAGAAGCUGGAAGGAGUGCAAGUGGGGCUGGAAGCGACUCAGAGGAGGAAGUGAGGCACCGACGUAAAAAGCGCAAUUAUGAUGACUACCUGGAUGACGAUGAUCUUGACCUUAUUGAGGAAAAUUUGGGUGUCAAAGUAAAACGAAGGAAGAAGAAAUAUGACCGUGUAAAGACACUAGACGACGAUGAAGAAGAUGAUGACGAGAAGGACUUAAUUGCAGAUGAAAUCUUUCAUGGUGACGCUGAGGGUGAGCUAGAGGAAGGCGAGGCUGUUGAUGAGCCCCUCCAGCAUCCUGAUGAUGACGAGGAAGGAGAAGAUGAAGAGUCAGAUAUAGAUGAUUUUAUUGUUGACGAUGAUGGCCAACCCAUCACCAAAAAGAGGGGCAAGAAGUUCUCAGGAUACACAGAUGCUGCCCUCCAGGAAGCUCAGGAGAUUUUCGGUGGCGACUUCGACUUGGCAGACUUUGACGCUGAUGUUUAUGACCAAGGGGAAGAGGAGGAAGAAGAUCAAGAUGAAGAGGGAUGGGACCGACCCAAGAAGCAGACUAAGAGGAGGCUGGGGAGAAAGAGCAUCUUUGAAAUCUAUGAGCCCAGUGAGCUGGAAAGCAGUCACAUGACUGACCAGGACAAUGAGAUUCGGUCUACAGACAUGCCUGAGAGGUUCCAGUUGCGAUCCAUCCCUGUUAAACCUGCUGAGGACGAUGAGCUUGAAGAGGAAGCAGAAUGGAUCUUCAGACAUGGUUUCUCUACUCUGACGAUCUCCAUGCAGGAAAGCACAGAUUAUCUGGACAGAGGAACAACCACCAACUUCAGCAGAAAAGGACCCAGCACAAUUGCCAAGAUCAAAGAGGCCCUCAACUUUAUGAGGAAUCAGCAGUUUGAGGUCCCAUUCAUAGCAUUCUACAGAAAAGAAUAUGUGGAACCAGAACUCAAUAUCAAUGACCUGUGGAAGGUGUGGCAAUGGGAUGAAAAGUGGACUCAACUCAAGACCCGGAAGCAGAACCUCACCCGUCUUUUUCAGAAAAUGCAGUCCUUUCAGUUUGAGCAGAUUUCUGCUGACCCGGACAAACCUCUGGCUGAUGGCAUCCGUCCGUUGGACACAGCUGACAUGGAGAGGCUGAAAGAUGUGCAGACUCUUGAAGAACUGGGCGAUGUGUACAAUCACUUUUUGCUGUACUAUGGUCGAGACAUCCCCAAGAUGCAAAACGCAGCAAAAGCCAGCAAGAAGAGACUCAAAAAGAUCAAAGAAGUCUCAGAAGAUGGUGAGGAAGAAGAACUGGAAGUGGAAGAAGAAGAGGAGCAGAAAGGACCCGAUCUGAAGUUGGCAUCCCGUAGGGACAUGUACAGCAUCUGUCAGAGCGUGGGACUUGAUGGCUUGGCUAAAAAGUUUGGAUUGACUCCAGAGCAGUUUGGAGAGAAUCUGAGAGACAGUUAUCAGCGUCACGAGACCGAGCAGUUCCCCGCAGAGCCUUUAGAGCUGGCUAAAGAUUAUGUGUGCAGUCAGUUUUCCACGCCCGAUGCCGUGCUUGAGGGAACCCGCUAUAUGGUCGCCAUGCAGAUUGCAAGGGAACCUCUGGUCAGACACGUUCUCCGUCAGACUUUCCAGGAGAGAGCCAAAAUCAACACCAAACCUACAAAGAAGGGCAAAAAGGAGAUUGAUGAGGCUCAUUUUGCCUACUCCUUCAAGUAUCUGAAGAACAAGCCUGUGAAAGAGCUGAAUGGGGAUCAGUUCCUGAAGAUGUGCCUGGCAGAGGAUGAGGGACUUCUGUCCAUUGACAUUUGUAUAGAUUUAAUUGGGGUCAAAGGGUAUGCUGGGGACCAGACAUACUUUGAUGAGAUCAAACAGUUCUACUACAGGGAUGAGUUCAGUCACCAGGUGCAGGAGUGGAAUAGACAGCGAACUUUGGCCAUUGAGAGAGCCCUCAAUCAAUUCCUCUACCCUCAGAUGGCCAAGGAACUCAAAAGCAAACUGAUCGCAGAGGCCAAAGAGAGCAUUGUAAAGUCCUGCUGUCGCCGGUUGUACAACUGGCUUAAGGUGGCUCCUUACAGGCCUGACCAGCAGGUUGAGGAAGAUGAUGACCUGAUGGAUGAGAGUCAGGGAAAAGGCAUUAGGGUGCUGGGGGUUGGUUAUGCUCCAAGCAGAGACACGCCCGUUUUCUGUGCUCUGAUCAACGGGGAAGGAGAGGUUGUGGACUUCCUUCGUCUGCCUUACUUCAUGAUGAGGAGGAAUGCCUUUCGGGAGGAUGAGAGAGAGAAGAAGGCUACUGAUAUUGAAAGUCUAAAAAAGUUUCUGUCCAGCAAGAAGCCUCACGUUGUGGCAGUAGCUGGAGAAAAUCGAGAUGCCCAAAUGAUCAUGGAAGACAUAAAGAGGACUAUCGGUGAGCUGGAACAGGAGUCCUCUUUGCCUCCUGUUGGAGUGGAACUAAUUGACAAUGAACUGGCCACAUUGUACAUGAACAGCAGGAAGUCUGAGACGGACUUUAGGGAUUAUCCUCCCUUGCUGCGACAAGCUGUCUCGAUAGCCAGGAAGAUUCAGGAUCCCCUGAUGGAGUACGCCCAGGUGUGCAGCACCGACGAGGAUAUUCUCUGCCUUAAACUCCACCCACUACAGGAACAUGUGGUGAAGGAGGAAUUGCUGUGCGCGCUCUACUGUGAGUUCAUCAACCGCGUCAAUGAGGUGGGAGUAGACGUAAACCGGGCCAUUGCCCACCCUCAUACCCAGAGCCUGGUCCAAUAUGUCUGUGGUUUGGGUCCAAGGAAGGGCUCCCACCUUCUAAAGAUUUUAAAACAGAACAACACUCGUCUGGAAAACAGAACCCAGCUGGUCACCAUGUGUCACAUGGGACCCAAAGUUUUUAUCAACUGUGCUGGUUUCAUAAAAAUUGACACUGCAUCACUUGGGGACAGUACGGACUCCUACAUAGAGGUUCUGGAUGGUUCUCGCGUCCACCCUGAGACAUAUGAGUGGGCUCGCAAGAUGGCUGUUGAUGCCCUGGAGUAUGACGAGUCUGCAGAAGAUGCAAACCCAGCCGGCGCUCUGGAGGAGAUUUUAGAAAAUCCAGAACGUCUCAAAGAUCUAGAUCUGGAUGCAUUUGCGGAGGAGCUUGAGAGACAGGGUUACGGCAACAAGGGUAUUACUCUGUAUGACAUCCGAGCUGAGCUGAGCUGCAGGUACAAAGAUCUCAGAGUUUCCUACAGAGUCCCCAACACAGAGGAGGUCUUCAAUAUGCUCACUAAGGAGACUCCUGAGACCUUUUACAUCGGUAAACUGAUCACCAGCGUGGUGACUGGUAUCGCUCACAGGCGUCCUCAGGGAGAGAGUUACGACCAAGCCAUCCGUAAUGACUCCACAGGCCUGUGGCAGUGUCCCUUCUGCCAGCAGGACAAUUUUCCUGAACUUAGCGAGGUGUGGAAUCACUUUGACAGUGGUUCGUGCCCUGGCCAGGCCAUCGGAGUGCGCUCCAGAUUAGACAACGGGGUCCAGGGCUUCAUUCCCACCAAGUUUCUUAGUGACAAAGUGGUCAAACACCCUGAGGAGAGGGUCAAAGUGGGUAUGACAGUUCACUGCCGUAUCAUGAAAAUCGACAUUGAGAAAUUCAGUGUUGACCUCACGUGCCGCACCUCAGACUUGAUGGACAAGGCCAACGAGUGGAAGCUUCCAAAGGACACCUACUACGAUUUCGACACAGAGUCUGAGGACCAGAAACACGAGGAGGAGCUCAAAAAGAAACAGCAGCGAACACCAUAUAUAAAGCGUGUGAUUGCCCACCCCAACUUCCACAAUAUCAGCUUCAACCAGGCAGAGAAGAUGAUGGAGACCCUGGACCAGGGAGACUUGAUUAUCAGGCCCAGCAGCAAGGGAGAGAACCACCUGACAGUCACCUGGAAAGUGGCUGAUGGCAUCUACCAGCAUGUUGACGUGCGAGAAGAAGGCAAAGAGAAUGCGUUCAGUUUAGGACACACACUCUGGAUCAGUAAUGAAGAGUUUGAGGAUCUGGAUGAAAUCACUGCUCGCUACAUUCAGCCCAUGGCCUCAUUUGCACGAGAUCUGCUGGGACAUAAAUACUUCCAGGACUGCAACGGAGGAAACAAAGAGAAAAUGGAGGAGUUAUUGAUAAGGACAAAGAGGGAGAAGCCCACGUUCAUUCCUUACUUUAUUUCCGCAUGUAAAGAGCUGCCAGGAAAAUUCAUAUUAGGAUACCAGCCUCGUGGAAAACCUCGGAUUGAGUAUGUGACCAUCACCCCGGAUGGCUUCAGAUACCGCUCUCAGAUAUUUCCCACGGUGAACGGGCUAUUCCGCUGGUUUAAGGACCAUUAUCAGGAGCCUGUGCCAGGCAUCACUCCAUCCAACAGCAGCCGAACGAGGACGCCUGCUUCCCUGAACGCCACCCCAGCCAAUAUCAACAUUGCAGACUUGACGCGAGCUGUCAACGCCCUCCCACGCAACAUGACUUCUCAGAUGUUCAGUGCUAUAGCGGCAGUCACGGGUCAGGGUCAGAACCCCAACACCACCCCUGCACAGUGGGGCUCCAGCCAGUACGGUUACAGCGGCAGCACAGGCGGUGGAGGAGGGAGUUCUUCUGCCUAUCAUGUUUUUGCCACACCUCAGCAGCCCAUGGCGACACCCAUGAUGACGCCCAGCUACUCCUACACCACACCGAGCCAGCAGGCCCUGGGCACGCCGCAGUACCCGGGCUCCACCCCCCAGUCCUCACACUCUCAUGCACACGCCCACCCACACCUGCCACACCACAGUCACCACGGCCACCACAGCAGUCACCACGGCCACUCAUCUGGCACGCCGUCCUCUUCCACCUCAUCCCGAGGUCGGACACCUCAGCAACAGCAGCCAAAGCCGAGCAGCAGCAGCGCCUCUGCAGUCGACUGGGGCAAGAUGGCCGAGCAGUGGCUGAAGGAGAAAGAGGCAGAGGGGCGGAAGAAAGCACAGAGGAUGACCCCGCGACCGUCACCCAGCCCCAUGAUCGAGAGCACACCCAUGUCUCUGGCUGGAGACGCCACACCCCUGCUGGAUGAAAUGGACCGAUAGGACUGCCUCACUUGGAUCACUUAUGGACCCCUUUUUCUCUUCCACAACCAUUCUCAUCCCACUGACCACCAGCCGAUGGCCAUCCCAUCCCAUUGUCUGCUCGCAUCUGUUUUCCAUCUGAAGUCGUUUCAGCAGUCAGUUCACAUCAGCUCCCUCCUGUCUCCCCUCGGCCCAUCUCCUACCAAACUCUUUACAUCCCUGCAGCCAUUCUGCUGUGGCUCCUUAGUAUUUUGUAUAGUCAGCAAAACACUGUACAUGUCAUGCAGAAAGGCAGUACAAUGACAAAGAAUACUUGAAUUAUCAGUUACAUAUAGGAUAUGGACCUACACAGACAUUGACAGAUCAGCUGUCCUACAAUCUUUGUUUUUCGUUUUAGUUUGACCCCAGAAUGGUUUUUGACAGAAGGGAACAGUCAUCCUUUUCUCCAUCAUGGUUAGUGGAGUUUUGAAAGCAGUUGCCAAAAGAACGCUUUGCCAAGCCCAUCAGGAAAUUUGAUUUUUGUAUGGAAUGCAUCAGAAUGAAUAAAGACAGUUUUUUUUUCUGUUUGAACGUUAAGGCUCCGCUUUUCACAUCUGACAAAGCAAACACAGCAGUAACUGCACACACACACACACACACAC